GCCGUUUUCUCGGUGACGCUAUUCGUGCGGGAAAACCAACUUGUUGACAAACCUCGGACGGUUUAUUUCCUCGUGGCGGGGACUCGUUACACAGAGAUUGAAGUGUCGCAGGUCAAUCCUAUCGUGGAAACUAACCUCCUGUCUCCCUGCGGGUGUCCCUGAGGUCAUCUUAAUCUUCAUCCAUGGAGUCAGAGGGAGCUGAGUCUCGGUCGUCGGGCCUGGGGCCAAUUGAAGGUUUCCACUCUCUUCGUGAGCGUACGAUCGCAGAGAACAGCAUGGUAGUCCUGCUGCAGGGUCUGCAGGGGCAGGUGACCACGGUGGACCUGAGGAAUGAGAGCACGGCACGGGGACGUGUUAUCAACGUGGACGCCUUCAUGAACGUACGAAUGGAGGAGGUGCUGUACACGGACCAGCGGGGUCAGCUCACCCGGCUACAGGACCUGUUCAUCACCGGCAGGAACAUCCGCUACGUUCACAUCCCAGACCACAUGGACAUAAUGAAGACCAUCGAGAGCCAGCUGGCCAAGAUCCACAGAGCCCGACACUUCGCCAGAGAAGGAGGAGGCAGAAAAGAGUUCGCCAAGAAAAAUAAAUGACUUUUCUCUUUCAUACAAGGACACGAAACUCUGCCGCUUGUUUAAGUUAAAAAAUACUCAGCGACAAACCACCUAGAUCUGUAGAUCAGCAGUUUAAGGUCUGAGGGUCACAAAGUGAGUUGAGGACAGAAAAACACACAAUCCGACUUCUGUCUCUUUUUUCAUUGUGAAAUAUUGGAAAGUUUCACUCCAGGUUUCUUAAAUCCUUAAAAUGAAACAAUCUGAGAAGUUUGGUUGAACUGCUCCCAACUUAUGUUUGAGUUAAAGUAUCAAACACUUUACAUGGACUGAUACUCUUAAAAAAAAAAUAAAGAUAUAACAAUUAUUUUCCUUAUUAAUUACUCUACACAUUAUUUUCUUGAUUAAUUUAUUAAUAUUUUGCCUAGAGUAUAUGAAAAAUGCGGCAGAUCUUAAGAAACAUUUCAUUUAAUCUAAACUAACAGUGGAAAACACAAAGAUACUGAUGUUUGUGAAGCCGUUUGUCAUUUUGACCUGAAACUAUCAAUUGAUUAUUGAAAUAGUUGCUGAUUAAUUUUCUGUUAAUCAAUUAAUCAGCUAAUUGUUGCAGCUCUAGAAAUAACAUAAACCUUUUUUGAUGAAGAAUAGUAAGUCAGAUGUUUCACAGUGGAGAAAUAAUCUGGUCAGCGCCAUCUGGUGGACACACUGAUGACGACACUGUUUCUGGGAGUUAAAAAACAAUGAAUUCAGUUUCCUCAAAAAGAUGCGAACACUGUUACAAUAGUUGCUGAUUUUCAUGGUGCACAAACAUUAAAAGAACAUUUUCUUCAUACAUAAAGAUGCUGAUGAGCUUUCUUAAAAAUAACAAAUGUUAGAUUCAAAUGAAAAGAAGUUUUCUGUGAGCACCUAAAAUUUCUAAUUAUCUACCAGAGGGAUUUUGGGCUGAGAGUCAUGUAGUGAUGGAGGCAUCAUUCAACAUAAGCUGACAGUGACUGUGUCUUCAGCAAAUUUAAUAAGGUCAUACAGACUUUGCAGAGAAAGAAAGUUUUUCUGCAAGAAAAUGUGGAACAAAGAAAAGCUGAUGUAAAAUGAAAUAAAUUCAUUCUCCUGCCAAAAACCUCU